AAUGGCCGGCCUCACCAUACUGGUGUUUCUCUCUGUUGUAUUCAUCAGCUUAUCUGACUGUCAAGAAGGUUCUGGGGAUGGCUCAGGAACAGAAUCCAUCUUCACUGAUGUCACUGGGAAUGCCACUGAUGUGCUGACUGAUGGCCAUUCAGAUCCUUCAGAUAUUCAAGCAUUUGGUCUUGUUAUCACCAAUGACUUCACUGAAUUCACACUGGAUGUUGACAACAUCAUCACCUACAAUGUUACCAUAAAGAACGCUGGAGGAACUGACAUAACUGCAUCUGGCUCCGACCUCUACGACCUCCUCCUCAAGGUGAGUGACAAUUCCAAUCCAUUAGCAAGAGGGGCAACAACCCAGGACAUAACCCCUCUGCUGACAUCAGCCACUAACAUCAAUGUUGGGAUUGCAGCUGGAGAAACUAUUGUCAUCGAGAAUGUCCACACCAUGAUCAAUGUUUCUUCCCAUAUGUGCUCAACGUAUCAAGGAGGCUAUGUCUGUGUCGAGAUUUCAAAGGCUUUGGGAGCUUCUUACACUGAUGUCAGUGCAACCAAUAACUGCUAUUGUCUCACAUUUGGUGAUGUAAGGCAGGGAUACACAGGAAUGCUAAGAUGUUCAGCAUUCGUUGGAAGGAUCAGCCUUAUCGCUCUUGUCAUCUCAAUGUUGCUGGCAUACUUUGCCUAUUUGUAGAUAAUACUGGACUUGCAGAGAUAAACUUAUGAGCAAUAUUUGAGCAGAAAUUAGGAUAGCUUUAAUUAUCAUUUCCAUUUGCCAAGUGACGUCCUUUAGUUGAAUUUGAAACUUCCUUGUGUGGUAAAAAUAUGGCAGCUAUUUUGAUGUUAGUCUGUUCCUCAAGAUGUCCAUCCAUCCACCAUCAUGAGAGGCAAAAUAAGUAAAGUUCUUCAUACUACCAAUCCAGGUUUGCUAGAGGACUGAAUUUCAGUCGGCACAGUUCGCAUACAAAAUCAAUGCAUUUCCCUUACCUAAACUACAUGUACAUGUAGUUGAACCCU